GCAGCCCCAGCCCUGGGGACCCCCGUGUCCCCGCCGAGCCGCUCACUCCUCUCCUCUCCUUUCUCGCAGCCUGAAGCUCUCCUCCACCCCACCGGCGGCAGCAUGUCGACAGAAAAGCUGAAGCACCACAAGAUCAUCUUUGUGGUGGGCGGCCCCGGCUCGGGGAAGGGGACGCAGUGCGAGAAGAUCGUGCAGAAGUACGGGUACACCCACCUCUCCACCGGGGACCUGCUCCGGGCGGAGGUCAGCUCGGGCUCGGAGCGGGGCAAGAAGCUGCAGGCCAUCAUGGAGAAGGGCGAGCUGGUGCCCCUGGACACGGUGCUGGACAUGCUGCGGGACGCCAUGGUGGCCAAAGCCGACGUGUCCAAGGGUUUCCUCAUCGACGGAUAUCCCCGCGAGGUGAAGCAGGGAGAGGAGUUCGAGAAGAAGAUCGCUGCCCCCACGCUGCUGCUCUACGUGGACGCGGGGAAGGAGACGAUGGUGAAGCGCCUGCUGAAGCGGGGCGAGACCAGCGGGCGGGUGGACGACAACGAGGAGACCAUCAAGAAGCGCCUCGAGACCUACUACAAGGCCACAGAGCCCGUCAUCACCUUCUACAAGAGCAGGGGCAUCGUCCGCCAGCUCAACGCCGAGGGCAGCGUGGACGAGGUUUUCCAGCAGGUCUGCUCCUACCUCGACAGCCUGUAGCCGUGCCGGCCGCCCCGCGCCCCCGGCCCCGCGCCCCCCCCUCCGCGCGCGCCGGCAGAGACAGCGGAAGAGGCCUUAUCCUGUUUUCGUGGACAGAGCCGCGCGAAGGAAAUUUCAAGGACAUUGUGUUUGGCUCUUUCCCGUCUCUCCCCAGUAAAGUUCGCUUUAAUGAGCCCA